GAAAAUUACCAUGAUUGGCGUUUUUGAUUUGCAUCGGAUCUCACAAUUCAUGAAUCGAAUUUUGCUCACUCUCGGAUUUCACUUUGUCUCAUUCAAUAUCAUUCCGUGCUCUCUGUUUUUCCAUGCUUUACGUGGUUUUCAAGUGCACCUAAAGUGUCCCACCGAUCGUUAAUGACGUUAACUUCAGCAUUGAGUUUGGUUACAACUGGCACUGUCUGCAUGAAACUAGCUGAACAUAAAGAGACAGAUAAGUUCUGUGAUCUUAGGAACCAUGUGGCUGCUGCUAUUUGCCACCAAAAUCAAGUGUCAUUAGAAGAAGACAGUGAUCAUCAGCAUGGAUCCUUCAGAGGAAGAGAGUUACAAUCAGACAUGACAGGGCCUUCAUUGCUUCUUGAAGACAGAAUCUAUUCUGCUUCACUUCAUCAUAUGCUUCCUUCCAAUGAGUGGUUGGCUUUUUGGUUAUUCCUGGUUGCAAGCUCUUAUUUUCUCUUAAGCAAAAAUGUCUAUUAUUUUUGCAAUUGGAGAGUGAAAUCUGCUGAGAGAGCCAACCCAAAUGCAAGGAUAGAUCAGAAUGAUGAUGAAACUGGUUCGAAUUCUAUGUUUGGCUGCACUGAUGAGAGGUCAUGGUCUCCUCAAACAGUUUCAUCCAAAUUUGACGCUUACUCGGAGAUUUCGGAUUUUGACGGAACAAGUUACUUGGAUUCUUUGCUCAGCCUUGAAGAGGAAGAUUCUGAGUGGCUUUCAGAUUCGAAGAUUUUCUCUACCUGUGAGGAUCCUUCAACUCCUCUUAGUAUUGGCUACAAGUAUGACACUUUCUCUGAGAUUUCAGAUUUUGACAGAACUAGUUACUUGGAUUCCUUGCUCAGCCUUGUAGAGGAAGAUUCUGAUUGGCUCUCAGAUUCAAAUGCUAUUGGAUGUUCCAACGAGAAUCCUUCAACUCCUAUUAGCUACAAAUAUGAUUCUUUAUCUGAGAUAUCAGACCUAGAUACACCUCUUAACUGGGGCUCUUUGCUUAGACUUGAUGGAAGAGACAGUAAGUGGUCUACUUCACUCAAUGGAGCACACUUUGACAUAGCUGAAGAUAAUGUUUCUGUGAAGACUUCAUUGGAAGGUGCAAAUAUGGAUGAGUUCAGUUAUGAUGAGCCACUCUUUUGGCCAUUUGAAGGGAAACAAAGUUGGAAUUCUGAGGAUUCCUUGAGUUCAUUUUGUUCCUCUCCAAGGAAAAAGUUUGUUUUUGACUCUGGAUCAACUGCAUCAUCAAGCUUGAAGACGAGCAAAAGAUCAGCAAAGAUAGUACCUGUAGAUUGUGAAGAUGAUAAUGUUAUAAUGAAAGGAAAAGAAGUUUUGAAUGACAAACACUUGUCUCUAACCAAGAUUCUUUUCGAUGAAGACGAUCUCAAUGCUUCUUCAAACAAAGACCUCUUUGGUAGGGAAUUUUGUGCCUUGGAUGAAGAGCUUCCCAUUGAGACAUUGGUAGGGCUGAAGGAAUUUGAUGGACAUGAGGGACUUGAUUCAGAAUUCAACUGUGAUUCCUUUCUGCUCUGUGAAUCUCUCAUCAACUAA